UUUACAAAACCAUAAAAAAGUCAUUUUAUAUUAUAUUUUUGUCUGUCUGUGUGUGUUGGGGGAUUCCAGUCUCAGCCGAGAACGAGAGAGAUCAAAUGGAUCAAAAUUUCUCAACAAUCUUAAGAUUAAGAUAUUAGGGUUUUGAGUUGGGGUUGUGGAAUUUGAAUUAGGGCUUGAGAAUUUGGGGAUUGAGAGAGCAGAAAAGGAAAAGGAACUGUCUUAUUUAUUGGGAAAAUUUAUUAGGGCUUUUUCCAGCUAGGGUUUGUGCUGGAGUUUAUAGGGUUUGAUGGUGUGCCUGCCUAGCUGUUGUAUAAAAGGGGUUGAUUGAAUUGGGGCCGUUUUCGUUUUGUGGGGGUGUGUCUGAUGUAAUGUGGGUGGAAGUGUUUGCGGGGGGAGUUUCUUUCUAGGGUUUCCAAUGGGGAGCACAGGUGAGUCUGAUCGAAAAAGGCGUCACUUUAGCUCCAUAUCUCCCAUGGCUGCUACUGCUAAGAAGCAGCCCGUUUUGCCCAUUUAUGACGACAAAAAGCUUGACGUUAAACUCCUGCAAUAUCAAAUUCAGAAGCUAUCACAGAACUUAGAAACUCAGAAGCUGGAGCACUCUAUUCUUGAGAAUAAAUUUUCUCAAAUGAAGGACAAACAAAAGGCAUAUGAUUCCACAUUAACAGUGGUCAAUAAGUCUUGGGAAGAGAUGGUUAAUGACUUGGAAUCUUGUUCCAUCCGUUUAAGAGAAUCGAACAAUCUGAAAGAUGCUGAAGACAUUUCCAUCAGGGAUGAUGGUGCUCCGUCUGCAUUGCAGGAUGCUUUUCUUGACCGCCUUUCACAAGCAGAUGCGACUGAAAGUUCAUGUUCAUGUAAAAGUUUUAAUCAGAUGGAAGAAGAUAGAGGGACUACCAUUGAAAAGACUAAGAAUAUUGUAGGUAAUGUCAUAGCUGCAAUUGACAACCAGUGGCGUGUGAAGGAUGCAUUGCGUGAUGCACUUUUAAAAGUGCUUCCAGAAGAUGGCACAAGUAGGCAGAAGACAUCAACUGACUUUAAAAAUGAAGUUAAGAACUUGAGAUUGGCCUUUAUCGAUGUGUUUUUCAAGCAUAGAAUGUUGGCAAGGGAAUUGCAGAGCGAUUGUGACUUGGAAGCAAAACAUAAAGCUGAGCUUAAACGUUUGAAAUGGGAAUUAGAAACCGCAGCUGAUGAAUUAAAAGACAUUGAUCGUCAACUAGACACUAUUAAGCCACAGAAAAAUGCUGCAAAAGGCACAGCUUUCCCACUUCCAAAUAUUGGGAACAAGCAUGUGGAUAGAGUCAGAGAUAAGCAAAAAGAUCUGCAAGAUAUGGAGUCUACUCUCAAGAAUCUAAUGGACCAAGCUUCAUCUCGGCUAAUGGACAUCAAAGGCCUUCAUGAAGAAAGGAUAAAAAUAUUACAGAAGUUAUCUAGUUUGCAGAACAUGCUUAAAAUUGUAGAGUGUAUUUCUUCUUCCCAAGCUUAUCUCUUGGUGAGAGAUCAAAUAGAAAAGUCAAAGUCAGAAGUCUUCGAGUGCCAGGCGUUAUUUGAGAAACUACAGACUGAGAACGAUAAUCUUUUGUGGAAGGAGAGGGAACUUAAUGUCAAGAGUGACAUUGCUGAUGUUUUUCAAAGAUCUUCUGCAGUUGUUGAAUCUAGAAUUUCUGAUUUGGGGAUAGAAAUACAGAAACAGAUUGAGGAAAGAAAAUUGAUUGAAGCCAAGCUGGAAGAGGCUUCAAGAGAACCAGGAAGAAAAGAAAUCAUUAAAGAAUUUAAAUCCUUGGUUUCUUCAUUUCCUGAGAAAAUGGGUUCCAUGCAAGGUCAAUUACGUAAAUACAAAGAGGCUGCUUCUGACUUUCAUUCUUUAAAGGCUGAUGUGCAGUCUCUUUCCAGCAUCCUUGAUAGGAAGGUGAGAGAGUGUGGGACUUUGUCUGCCAGAUCCAAAGAUCAAGACACUGAGAUACAAAAGUUGAAUGCUGUGGUCCAAGAUUUAAAGGAAUGUGACUCAGAGUUAAAUCUGAUUUUGGAAAUGUAUAGAAAUGAGUUGACUGAUUCAAGGGAUGUCUUGGAAUCUAGAGAUUCAGAAUGCAGGGCAUGGGCUCGUGUUGAAAGUUUGAAGUCCUCUCUUGAUGAACGCAACUUGGAAUUACGAGUCAAGACAGCAAAUGAAGCUGAGGCCAUUUCUCAACAAAGGCUAGCUGCUGCUGAGGCUAAAAUUGCUGACUUGAGACAGAAAUUUGAAGCUUCCAAAAGGAAUAUUUUGAGACUUUCUGAUAUUUUGAAAUCCAAAAAUGAAGAAAAUGAGGCAUACUUAUCCGAAAUUGAGACUAUUGGACAGUCAUAUGAUGAUAGGCAAACUCAAAACCAACAUCUACUGCAGCAAAUUACGAGAGAUGACUAUAACAUUAAGCUUGUUUUAGAGGGGGUAAGAGCAAGACAACAGCAGAAUGCUGUACUCAUGGACAAACGCAAAAUGGAGAGGGAGAUUCAACUAGGCAAUCAUUCUCUUAAUUUCUACAACAUGAAAGCAGCUCGAAUUGAAGAACAGUUGAAAAUAUGCAAAAAUCAUAUUCAGAAAGUAGCAGAAGAUAAGUUGCAAAAACAAAUUACGUUGGAAAAUACUCGAAAGAGAGUGUUAGAAGUCCGAAGGCAAUCUCAGCAGUUAUGGGAGGCGUUAGACGCAUCACAAUCUAAAGUUGAGAAAAGUCACAAUGGUCUGUCAGAUCUGCAGUUGGAACUUGAGAGGGAAAGGUUUGAAAAGAGAAGAAAAGAGGAGGAAUUGGAAGUUUUAAAAAGGAAGGCUUCAAGGCUUCGAGCACAGACAGAGGGUUCAUCAAUUGUUGAAAGGCUUCAACAGGAACUUGGAGAAUACAAGGAGAUACUGAAGUGUGAUGUCUGCCUUGACAGGACAAAACAGGUUGUCAUUACAAAAUGCUAUCACUUGUUCUGCAACCCUUGUGUGAAAAAAGUACUUGAAACUCGACAGAGGAAGUGCCCGAGGUGUUUCAUGAGCUUUGGGCCUAAUGAUGUAAAACCCGUAUACAUCUAAAAGGAGACGGAUGAAACUUCUAUGAGACUUUUAUGAGACGUGCAUCGUGCAUGCAAGACAGUGCAAAUAAUCCGAGACUUGAAUUAUGGAUUCCUGCAGCCUCAAAUGUAAUUCUUAUAUUAGUAAAAAUUAGAAAAGCCUUGUUUAGAAGAGUAGCUCGCCCUUCCGCUCAUCGAUCAGUACAAACAACCUUAGUUUUGCUGGUUCUGCUUCUAGGAUGUUAAUAUGACUCAGUUUUUCAGUGCAGUAUAAACUCUUUUUGGUUUUGACCUUUUUAACUGGUUGGAGCCCUAUAAUCUUUCACCUUAUCGUCAGAUUGUGUCGGGGAAUUGAAGUCCUCCUAUUUGUACCGGUGGUCGGUGUUUAUUUAUACCCGAGGGUUUCGUUUCUGCUGAAAAGAGAUGCAGCUGUAAUCCGAGCUCUCUGGCUGUACAGAUUUUAGUUUUGGGAGGUCUCAAAAGUAGCCUUGUUUUUGCAGUUGAAUUUGACAUUUGCUCAAAGCAGUUGGUAUGUAAAUGUUGUUGAGGUUGAUUGUUCAUUUGGCUAUAUAAAUGCAAUGACGGUCUUGGGUUUGUUCAUUAAA